UACUAACGUAAUCGAAUUAAUUUGUAUCAUAAAACUUUUCUUAUCAAAUAAUCAUGACUAAAUGAUUAUAUUCUAAAUAUUUAAAACGAAAAGUAUCAUCAACAUGUGGCAGUUAUUGCACAUGAAUUCCUGCCAACUUAUGCGACAAAGGUUACUUCCAGUUAGAAAUAAUAGUUACUUUGUAAAUUUUGCAAAAAACAAACCAUCGGACGCUGUGAAACGUUACAUUUCGAAUGUUAAAUCUUCAGCAGAGAAAGAUGUGAAAGGAGGCGUUUUGUUACUCUGUAGCCCAUGGAAGCUGGGCACUGGCGUCAGUUUAGGGUUAGCUGCGCGAUUACUUUAUAGUAGUGGUAUUGUACAUUGUAAAGCAACCCUAUCUCGAGUUAUUCAACGAAGGCCGAAUUAUAAUGAUGAUAGUGCCAAGUUUGACUGGAAAAGGUUUUGGGCGUAUCUUCUGCCACAUAAGUGGUUAUUGGCAGCAGCUGUUGCUUCGGCCCUCGCUGUAGCGUUCCUAAAUGUAUACAUUCCAGCAAUGUUGGGUGUGAUUGUGAAUGUACUAGCGGGUAUGAGAACCAAUCCCACUGCAGAUUUUAUUGAAGAAAUAAAGAUGCCUGCUUUGAAAAUGGUAUCAUUGUACAUUGGACAGGCAAUAUUUACAUUUUUCUACAUUCAUCUACUAGCUCAAGUUGGUGAAAGGGUAGCAGCUCAAAUGAAGCAAGAUCUGUUUAUAUCGAUUCUGCAGCAAGACAUGGCAUUCUUUGACCAAGAGAGAACUGGUGAACUCGUCAACAGAAUAACUGUAGAUGUACAGGACUUUAAGAGCUCAUUUAAACAAACAAUCUCAGGUGGUUUGAGAGCUAUAACCCAAGUGGUCGGUUCUGCAGUGAGUUUGUUAGUAAUCUCACCACAUUUGACAGGACUGACAUUGUUGUGCGUACCAUCAGUAGUGGUAGGAGGAACAUUUAUUGGUUCCUUACUGAGGAAACUUUCCAGAGAAGCACAAGCUCAGAUUGAAAAAGCAACUCUUGUAGCAGAAGAAGCCAUAGCCAACAUGAGGACUGUUCGUGCGUUUGCUGGGGAGGAGAACGAAGCUAAAUACUUUGCUCAGGAAUGCGAUACAGCGGCUGAUCUAAGUAUGGAACUUGGACUUGGUGUGGGUUUGUUCCAAGCUGGGACCAACUUAUUUUUAAAUGGCAUGGUGCUGGCGACCAUGUUCCUCGGCGGUCACCUCAUGUCAACUGGUCAGAUGUCGGCCGGUGACGUCAUGGCGUUCUUGGUCAACGCUCAAACAGUCCAGCGGUCGGUUGCCCAGCUGUCGCUGUUGUUCGGAUCGGUUGUUAAAGGUCUCAGCGCUGGAGGAAGGGUUUUUGAGUACAUAAACAAGCAACCCGUUAUGGAUACGUCCGGCACUAAGACAAUUAAAUACCACGAAUUCCACGGCGAUAUUGAAUUUAAAAAUGUAACUUUUGCGUACCCGACGCGACCUGAAGCGGUUGUCCUGAAUAAUUUCAACUUGAAGAUACCUGCGGGUAAAACUGUAGCUAUUGUUGGUACAUCUGGUAAUGGGAAAUCAACCAUCGCCACUUUACUUGAAAGAUUCUACGAUGUAAACUCCGGCGCAGUAACGAUAGAUGAUGUCGAUAUUCGAGAAUUUGACUGUCGUUGGCUUCGGGGCAGGGCCCUAGGACUCAUAAGUCAAGAGCCUGUUUUAUUUGCGACCACUGUUAAGGAGAAUAUCAGAUAUGGACGCCCAGAAGCCAGUGAUGCUGAGGUUUACCAAGCAGCAAAAACCGCGAAUGCUGACGAUUUCAUCCGUGGUUUCCCUGACGGGUACAACACUAUGGUAGGAGAACGUGGCAUGUCUUUAAGUGGGGGACAGAAACAGAGAAUCGCCAUAGCAAGAGCAGUCCUUAAGAAUCCACCCGUUAUGAUUUUGGAUGAAGCAACUAGUGCCUUAGAUUCUGCGAGUGAGAAAGUGGUUCAAACUGCGUUGGAAACAGCAUCGAAAGGUCGAACAGUAUUGGUGAUAGCACACAGAUUAUCUACAAUCAUGAACGCUGACCUUAUCGUCGUAUUGAGUAAGGGAAAAAUAAUAGAGAUGGGCACGCAUGACCAAUUGAAGAAAUUAAAGGGUCACUACUGGAACCUCAUCAAGCAACAGGAUCAAAAUUCUGACAACCCGACCAAAACGUUAUGAAGAUGAAACACAGAAUUAACAAUGUUCCCAUAAAAACUUAGUCAAUUCACGAAGCUGCACGCUGUUAUACAGAUUAUUUCUGUCUUUAAUUAUAACCAUAGACAAUGUUAACUUUUUAAAUGAUAUUUAUUUUACUACACGUAAUAAUUAGGGCUUUUAAUAUUCGUUAAGUAUUUGAUUGAUGUGUGUCUGUCAUGCUUCAAGAAAUAUUAUAUAUAGAGUCUAUACCACAGACUUUAGACAAUAUUUUUAAUCAAACAGUUCUAUAUGGCUAUGGAUUUAGGUGCAUUUCUAGAACAAUCGAUUAAGAUUUAAAUCGGCAUUUUUUAUUAAUUUAUUCGGUGGAUAAAGGUUGUUUGAAAAAUCAUGUUACAACAAAGCUGGUAAUAGGGGCGCGGGAAGGAAUACAUUUAUAUGUUUUUAUGUUUUAAACUCUCUGUCAGUGUAAAAAUGUAUGUAUCUGUUGUGAUAUAAUGAUUAAAACUGUCCGAAUGACUCGCUGGAUCUCGCGAAGUGGUGAGAUUAUAAAAUAUUUUCUCGUUAAAAAUAUGUAUUCAAUAAAACGUUACAUAGUUUCCGUUGCAAUCGAAAUAUUGACUUAUACUAUAUUUCAAUAUAAUAGUGAGACAAAACCAUAGAGUUACAUAUUCUAUGCAAUUAUAAACAAUUCUUGAUUUAUUUAUCUUCUACUUAUACAAUUUUGGAAGUAAAAUGCUCAAAUUGUUUUACUUAAGUUCCGUCAACUACUUCGCCAACAUUUCUAUUUCUACAAAAAUCUUUAAGGAAUACCAAAGACUCUCCUAGACAUCGACCCAUGUUGUUAUGUCAAUUGAAGGUCAAAGUUGCUUAUUUAGCCUAAGUCCUGCUACUGGAAUAUGUCAAAUUUGCUUUAAUUGAUUGACAAACUCUAAAGACGUUCACAUGACUUAUAUAAAAAUAUAAAUUAUAUGUAUAGUAUACUCCAACCACAAAGCGAAAUUUGACAUCGAUUUGAGGCGAUAUUGUUAUUCAAAAAAAAGGUAAUCAAAAUUGGCGUUUUGAACGGCGUCCAACCUAGUACUGGAACUGUGAAAGUUGUAUCAAGAUAUAUAUUAGUCAAGAAUUGUUAGUAGUCUCAGGUUUGUAUAUCAUUAUUCCUUCUUCGAUCAGAAAAGACAAAAAUGACAUGAUAUGGCAAAUAUCAACACAUUUUUUUAGUUUGAUAUACAUUUUAAGAC